GUCAAACACAACUUCCUUUUCUCUCUUUCCGCCUAUUUAACUUCAUUUCUCUCAUUUUCUUUCCCUCCCCCUUUUCCUCUCUUUCUCUCUUUCAAGUUAACAUCUCUUAUUGAACAACAUUUUUCUUAAAGCUAGUUUUAUGGAGAAAGAUUACUUCAUGAAUGGUGGAAUUACUAAUCCACCCCUCCAAUUCGAACCCACUAUGACUAUGCCAUUCCCUUCUAAUUGGAAUUCCCUACAUUCAGGGCAAUCUUCUGAUUUUUUCCUUAACCCAAAUUGGGAUCAUGACUCUACACAUCAAUUCGACUCAACUUUGAACUCAAUUGUGUCUUCUUCCCCUGCUCAAUUAAUUGGUAAACUGAGCACAGUUUGCAGCUCCCCACAAUCUCCAUUUAACAAUAAUAAUACUAAUACUAAUAAUUCAUGUUACACUACACCGAAAUUACACAUGCCUAGUUUGGGAAAUUCACUUCCUUUAAAUCCUCCAUUGCCUGCUGUCUCUAAUGAUCCUGGUUUUGCCCAAAGAGCUGCUAAAUUUUCUUGUUUUGGUAGCCGUAGUUUUAACGGUAGAACAAGUCCAUUGGGGGAAUUGACACAUAGAUCUGCUCAACAAUUGGGGAAUGGAAAAUUGCCUAGAGUUUCGAGUAGCCCUUCCCUGAAGCAAGCUGGAUCCCCUUUGCAAAUCAAGAAUUCGGGCCAAACAAGGAUGGAAUUGAUGUCUUCUAAUGAAUCUGUUUCUGAGCCAAGUGGAGAAACAGGGCCAAAAACUCCAACUGAAUUGAAUUCUACUAGAAAAAGAAAAACAGCUUCAAGCGAGAAAACAAAAGAAGCUGCUCCUGCUAAUGGAAACAUGGAUGAUGAUAAUGCAAGAACAAAGCGAUGUAAACAAGUAGUAGUAGAAGGUAAUGAGACAGAAAACGGAGCAGUUAACAUGGAGGAAUCAAAGGGAAAUAAUGAAGGUGAUGAAACUCAAAAUCAAAAGCCUCCUGAGCCACCAAAGGAUUAUAUUCAUGUUAGAGCAAGGAGAGGACAAGCUACGGAUAGCCAUAGUCUAGCUGAAAGAGUACGACGAGAGAAGAUUAGUGAAAGAAUGAAGCUUUUACAAGAUCUUGUACCAGGCUGUAAUAAGGUGACAGGAAAAGCAUUAAUGCUUGACGAAAUUAUAAAUUAUGUACAGUCACUACAACGACAAGUAGAGUUCCUAUCCAUGAAGUUGGCUUCAGUGAACCCAAGUUUGGAUUUUCCAGCAGAAAAUCUUCUCCCAAAGGAUAUAUGUCAACCAAAUGGCUCUCUGCCCCAGCCUGUUUUCCCAGUAGAUUACCAACAACCCCGGCAACUUCCACAACAUACGGCGAACACGUUAGAUAACUCACUGUUUCGCACUCUAGGAAUGCAAUUGCCUUCCUUAGAUGGACUUGGUGAAUAUCUUAAUCAGUUCCCUACAAUGUGCGAGGAUGACCUGCAAAGCAUUGUGCAGAUGGGAUUUAGCCAAAAUCCCAACAAGGAUCUGACAUUGCAGUCACAAAGUUUUCCUGGUAAGAAGAGAGAGAGGGCCUCAUCAAACGUCUCACAUGAAAAUUGAGAUGUAGCCACCCCACCCCACCCCCCCACCCCCCCACCCCGGAGAAAGAGGCUGCUGUAUAUAGGAAGUAGUAAUUUUUAGUUUAAUAUUCUUCAGAAAUUACUAAUUGACAAUAUUAGAUUUAGUUUUGAGGAUUACUUUCCUUAGUCCUCUUAAUGUAUAAUAAUUGAUUUGGAUGUACUGAUUUUUGCUUUGGUAAGUCAUGAGUCUUUAUUGUAUAAUCUUAAUUAAGAUCGAAGAGUCAUUUGGGUGCAAAAUCUUUAACAGCACCACAUUGUAAGAUAUAGUAUUUCUUUGUAAAGCAAUGAGAAAUUCAGAUGUUAUUAUGAGUUUUCAUUUUCAGAAA